UUACGCUUAAAGCAAUGUCGCAAGGAUAUGACGUCCUCUUUUAACCGCUACCCAAGAGGAGGACAGGAACUUUAAGUCCACCAUCCAUCAAUAAUCAACAAUGGCCGAGGAAGGAUUGACCCCCCUCCCCCUCCCCCAUAUUGAAGGCGUCCCAACUGGAGGUGUGAUGGAUGUCAACACGGCUCUCCCUGAAGUGCUCAAGACCGCACUAAUCCACGAUGGCCUGGCCCGUGGUAUCCGUGAGGCUGCCAAGGCCCUGGACAAGCGUCAAGCCCAUCUCUGCGCCCUUGCAGGCAACUGUGAUGAGCCCACAUACGUCAAGCUGGUGGAAGCCCUCUGUGCUGAGCAUCAGAUCAACCUGAUAAAGGUUGAUGACAACAAGAAGCUCGGCGAGUGGGUCGGCCUGUGCAAGAUCGACCGUGAGGGCAAACCCCGCAAGAUUGUGGGCUGCAGCUGUGUCGUGGUCAAGGACUAUGGCAAGGAGUCUCAAGCCAAGGAUGUGAUUGAGGAAUACUUUAAAGGAAAGAAGUAAAAUGUCAAUAAAAAGUGGAAAUAGAA